AUGGCGAAAUCAAUCAGGUAGGUUUUAUCGCGUGGCAGAAAAAUGGACCGUUGUAUUCACUUUUGUUUUUAGGCUUACACCCCUCGGUGUCUCCUGAGCCUUUCUGUUGGACGGUUUGAACAAUCGCACAUUGCCAUAAUCAACCCACUCGUGAAGUUGCGCUUGAAGAGGUUUCGUGGGAUUUUCCUAAUUAUCAUUGAGGUUUUAUGUGCUUCUUUCACAAAGUGCGAUCCGCCACGGAAGAGUCGACAGGGGAGGGGUUCGCAAGGAUCACCCAUUUCUCUCAGUACCCACCGAUAGAAAUUAUCUCGUCAAGUUAUAUUGCUCAUUGCCUUCGUUUUUUUUGGCUCUGCGGGUAGAUCGAAGGAAUAUCUCGAAUAUUAACUGCUAUGAGGCCCCCUACUGAAUUGUUUCUGUGUCAACUUCAGGCUCGUGGGCUGAAGAAACAUCUGAAGCGACUCAAUGCCCCCAGGCAUUGGAUGCUCGACAAACUGGGCGGUGCUUUCGUGAGUUCAAAUCAUCUUCCUUCUGUCGCUUGUCUCCAUGAUUUUGCCACUUUCAUAUAACAAAUCCAUUAUUGGCGAUAAAUUUCAGGCGCCGAAACCCUCCUCUGGGCCCCACAAAGCUCGGGAAUGCCUCCCGUUGAUUCUUAUUCUCAGGAACAAGCUUAAGUAUGCCCUUACCUAUCGUGAUGUCGUUGCAAUUCUGAUGCAAAGGCAGGUGUUGGUCGACGGAAAAGUCAGGACAGACAAGACAUACCCCGCUGGUUUCAUGGGUAUGAGAAUUGAUUGGGCGGCCCUUAUCUUUCCUUCUAGAGUUGGAAGGCGCGUCCAUAUGGCGCCGUCAAAGUGCUCAUCUGACAUGGUGUCGAUUCCUUCUUCGGUGCAGAUGUUGUCUCGAUUCCAAAGACAAACGAGAACUUCAGACUUCUGUAUGACACCAAGGGACGUUUCCGUCUCCACCGCGUAAAAGACGAGGAGGCAAAGGUAAGUGUUUGGAUUCCUAUUACGUGAUUCAUAGAGAUAGCCAUCUGUUCAAUUCCAAGCAUUUUUUGGGCCUUUGCAUACUUGUGACCACCUUCUGUGUCUCGGCUUUUGUUCUGUGGGUGUUUCUCUGCGAUUAAGAAAUAUGAUGAUUUUGAAGUGUUUCGAUUGCAUCCGGGUUCUGGCCCCAAAUCCAUUCAUAAUAUUUGAUGUGAUGCUGUACUAUGUUUAGGAAAUUGAUGAGGUUAAGGUCUUGCACUUAAACACCCGAGAACAAGCUGCUUCGAGUUCUCUAAUGAAUGUUGCCUCGGGCUGAUUGCAAUAUGGUCUUGCAAAUUGUGCAGUUCAAGCUCUGCAAAGUCCGUUCUGUCCAGUUUGGGGACAAGGGGAUCCCAUACCUCAACACGUACGACGGUCGCACCAUCCGGUACCCAGAUCCCCUGAUCAAGGCGAAUGACACCAUCAAGCUCGAUCUGGAGGACAACAAGAUCGUGGAUUUCAUCAAGUUUGAUGUGGGCAAUGUGGUGAUGGUGACGGGUGGCAGGAACACUGGACGUGUUGGUCUGAUCAAGAACCGAGAGAAGCACAAGGGCAGCUUCGAAACAGUCCACAUCCAGGACGCCGCCGGCCACGAGUUUGCCACCCGGCUCGGCAACGUCUUCACCAUCGGCAAGGGGUCGAAGGCGUGGGUGUCCCUUCCCAAAGGCAAGGGUAUCAAGCAGUCCAUCAUUGAGGAAGCGAGAAAGCGCGCUGCCGCCUCCGCCGCUGCCGCCACAGCCUAG